AUGUCGCAACUAGACCGAGUAAUGCCGCCGCCCACGUUGGUGAGGCGGGGUUCAAGGAGUGCCUCCACCACCUUCAACAUGGAGGUUUUCGACAACGAAGUGGUGCCGUCCUCACUCGCCUCCAUUUCUCCCAUUCUACGUGUCGCCAACGAGAUCGAAGCCGAGCGUCCCAGGGUUGCCUAUCUAUGUAGGUUCUAUGCCUUUGAGAAAGCGCACAGGCUGGAUCAGACCUCCACCGGCCGUGGCGUUAGGCAGUUCAAGACGCUGCUGCGGCAGCGAUUAGAGAGGGAUAAUGCAACUAGUCUUCCCUCUCGAGUUAAGAAGACAGAUGCAAGAGAAAUCCAGGCUUACUAUCAGCAAUACUAUGAACAUUAUGUCAGAACUCUUGAUCAAGCUGAUCAGGCAGACAGAGCCCAGCUCAGUAAAGCUUAUCAGACUGCCGGGGUGCUUUUUGAAGUACUUUGUGCUGUUAAUAAGACUGAGAAAGUCGAAGAAGUAGCUCCUGAGAUUAUCGCGGCUGCCAGAGAUGUCCAGGAAAAAAAGGAAAUUUAUACACCUUAUAAUAUCCUUCCUCUGGAUUCUGCUGGUGCUUCUCUACCCAUUAUGCAACUUGAAGAGAUUAAAGCUGCUGUUUCUGCGCUAUGGAACACACAAGGCUUGAACUGGCCUAGUUCUUUCGAGCAACAAAGACAGAGAACAGGAGACCUAGACUUGCUUGAUUGGCUUAAAGCCAUGUUUGGUUUCCAGAGAGACAACGUCAGGAAUCAGAGAGAGCAUUUGAUUCUGCUUCUUGCUAAUUCUCAUAUAAGGCUACACCCUAAACCUGAGCCUCUAAACAUGCUCGAUGAUCGUGCUGUUGAUGAAGUGAUGAAAAAGCUUUUUAAGAAUUAUAAAAAAUGGUGCAAAUUCUUGGGACGAAAACAUAGUUUACGACUUCCUCAAGGUCAGCAAGAGGUGCAACAGAGGAAGUUGCUUUAUAUGGGCUUGUACCUUCUCAUCUGGGGUGAGGCGUCCAAUGUUCGCUUCAUGCCUGAGUGCCUAUGCUACAUAUUUCACAACAUGGCAUAUGAACUACACGGUCUAAUGGCUGGAAAUGUCAGCAUUGUUACGGGUGAAAAUAUCAAACCUUCUUAUGGUGGUGAUGAAGAGGCAUUUCUCCGCAAGGUUAUAACUCCCCUCUACCGAGUAAUAGACACGGAAGCCAAGAGGAGCAGAAAUGGAACGGCUCCUCACUCAGCAUGGUGCAACUAUGAUGAUCUAAAUGAGUAUUUCUGGUCACCUGAUUGCUUUUCUCUUGGAUGGCCAAUGCGUGAUGAUGGUGAAUUUUUUAAAUCGACAAAUGAUUGGGGAAGAAAGGGUGUUCCAAGAAAAUCUGGAAAAACAGGGAAAUCAAAUUUUGUUGAGACGCGAUCAUUCUGGCACCUCUUCCGCAGUUUUGAUAGACUUUGGACCUUUUUUAUACUGGGUUUACAGGUGAUGUUCAUUAUUGCAUGGGACGAGAUUUCACUGAUGGAUAUCUUUCAGAAGGAUGUCUUAUUUAAUCUCUCUAGUAUAUUCAUCACAGCAUCCAUUCUUCGCUUACUUCAAAGUAUCCUAGACCUGCUCCUGAACUUUCCAGGCUAUCAUCGGUGGAAAUUCACUGAUGUGCUAAGAAAUAUUCUUAAAGUCAUUGUCAGUCUUUGUUGGGCUAUCAUUCUUUCGGUCUUCUAUGUGCAUGCCAUCAAGGGUGCCCCUCAAGCUCUCAAGCAGCUGCUUUCCUUUCUUGAUCAAAUAGAGGGCAAUCCACCGUUGUAUAUCUUUGCAGUUGCAUCGUAUAUGCUUCCAAAUUUACUAGCAGCUAUACUCUUUCUUUUCCCAAUGCUCAGGCGUUGGAUUGAAAACUCAGACUGGCACAUAGUUAGACUCUUCUUGUGGUGGUCUCAGCCAAGGAUAUAUGUUGGAAGAGGAAUGCACGAAAGCCAAUUUGCUCUCCUAAAGUACACUAUUUUCUGGGUCAUACUAUUGGCUUCCAAAUUUGCGUUCAGCUAUUUUGUCCAAAUAAUACCUCUGAUUGAGCCAACAAAGUUAAUAAUGGCCAUUAAACAUGUUGACUAUGGUUGGCACGAGUUUUACCCCGAUGCUCGAAAUAACUAUAGCGCAGUUAUUGCACUCUGGGCUCCUGUACUCAUGGUUUAUUUCAUGGAUGCACAAAUUUGGUACGCAGUCUUCUCAACUUUGUACGGUGGUAUUAUUGGAGCCUUUGAUCGUCUAGGAGAGAUACACACUAUGAGCAUGCUGAGAUCACGGUUCCAGUCAUUGCCUGGCGCAUUCAACACAUACUUGGUUCCUUCCCAAAAGAAGCAAGGAAAGAAAUUCUCUUUCUCAAAGAAAUUUGAUGAGAUUUCUGCUAGCAGAAGAAGUGAAGCUGCCAAAUUCGCCCAAUUAUGGAAUGAAAUUGUUUGCAGUUUUCGUGAGGAAGAUCUCAUUAGUGAUAGGCAAGAACUCAAAGCAAAUGUCUUUAGUUGCUCUUACCUGGCUUCUAUUACUUUCUCCUUGAUCCUUAUUUGCUAUGCUCAUCACUUAUUACUAAGUGCUUGCAUAAUCCAGGGAAAUGGACCUUUUGCUGGUUCCUUACUCUUCAGAUUCUCGUCUGAAAAUAAUUCAGUGGCCACCGUUUUUGCUUGCAAGCAAGCUCUGGAUAUGGCCACUCAAUUUCGAGGAAAGGACUCUGAUCUUUGGAAGCGCAUAAGUGCAGAUCAAUAUAUGAAGUGUGCUGUGAUCGAAUGUUAUCAAUCUCUUAAACAUGUUCUUCAUGAUUUGGUUGUCGGGGAAAAUGAAAAGAGGGUUCGGUUCCACUAUGGUCAUCCUGAUGUUUUUGAUAGAAUUUUCCAUUUCACCCGUGGAGGAUUCAGCAAGGCUUCUCGUGGCAUCAAUUUAAGUGAGGAUAUAUUUGCUGGAUUCAACUCAACACUAAGACGUGGAAACGUUACUCAUCAUGAAUAUAUCCAAGUUGGAAAGGGUAGAGAUGUUGGCCUCAAUCAAAUUUCUCUUUUUGAAGCAAAAGUGGCCUGUGGUAAUGGAGAGCAGACACUAAGCAGGGAUAUAUACCGGCUGGGGCAUCGAUUUGAUUUUUUCCGAAUGCUAUCAUUCUAUUUUACAACUGUUGGAUUUUAUGUCAGCUCUAUGGCAGUGUCCCUUACAGUUUAUGCUUUCCUAUAUGGAAAACUCUAUCUGUCAUUGAGUGGAUUUGAAAAUGCAAUAGUUAAACUGGCAAAGAGAAGGGGCGACGAUCCACUAAAGGAAGCAAUGGCUUCACAAAGUCUUGUUCAGAUAGGCCUUCUAAUGACUCUGCCCAUGGUUAUGGAAAUAGGACUAGAAAGAGGGUUCAGAACUGCUAUAGGUGACCUCAUAAUAAUGCAGCUGCAGCUAGCACCCGUUUUUUUCACUUUCUCACUAGGAUCGAAGAUGCACUACUUUGGGCGCACUCUGUUGCAUGGAGGGGCAAAGUACAGAGCAACUGGGCGUGGUUUUGUAGUUCGUCAUGAGAAGUUCGCAGAAAAUUACAGAAUGUACUCGAGGAGCCACUUUGUAAAAGGGUUAGAGCUUGCUGUCUUGCUUAUGUGUUAUAAGCUUUAUGGAUCAGCAGCUCCUGAUUCAACUGCAUAUCUUCUUCUCUCAGGGUCAAUGUGGUUUUUGGUUUGUUCUUGGUUGUUUAGUCCUUUCCUUUUCAAUCCAUCAGGAUUUGAGUGGCAGAAGAUAGUUGAGGACUGGGAUGACUGGACAAAAUGGAUGAAUAGUGGAGGUGGUAUUGGUGUUCCUGCUACCAAGAGCUGGGAAUCAUGGUGGAAUGAGGAACAAGAGCAUUUGCAAUUCACUGGGUUAUUGGGGAGGACUUCGGAGGUGAUUCUUGCCCUGCGUUUCUUUGUCUAUCAGUAUGGAAUUGUGUAUCAUCUAAAUAUAGCUAGAGGUGACAAAAGCAUCAUGGUUUAUGGUCUGUCCUGGCUAGUCAUAGUAGCUGUUAUGAUCAUUUUGAAGAUUGUGUCUAUGGGUAGGAAGAAGUUCAGUGCUGAUUUUCAGCUGAUAUUUCGUCUCCUCAAACUGCUUUUGUUCAUUGGAAGCAUUGUCGCUCUAGUCUUGAUGUUUACUCUACUUAGUCUCACAGUUCAAGACAUUCUUAGGAGCCUCCUAGCUUUUUUACCAACAGGAUGGGCACUUAUACAGAUAUCUCAAGCAUGUAGGCCAUUGGUGAAGGCAAUUGGAAUGUGGGGGUCCGUCAAAGCUUUAUCAAGAGGGUAUGAAUACGUGAUGGGAUUGCUUAUCUUCGGACCAGUGGCCAUAUUAGCUUGGUUCCCGUUUGUUUCAGAAUUCCAAACUCGGUUGCUAUUCAAUCAAGCGUUCAGCCGAGGACUUCAAAUCCAGCGUAUUCUGGCGGGUGGAAAGAAGCAUAAAUAAUCCCUUGUAACAUACACAGGAUAAUACCAAUACGAAAGACGACGGUACCAUAUCUCAGGUACCAGAGCAAGGUUUAGGCAAUUAUAACAGCAAAUUUCAACAUUGAGAUUGUACAGUAGAACUUAGAAUUAACCUUAGGCAGCAGUGAUGUUAUGUUGUACCAACAAAAGAAAGUGCAGUGGCUUAUAUAAUUUUGCGAUAUGAUAGUCUCUCAAGUUCAUCUAGGCGCAAGUAGUUUCGAUACAAUUUUUUGUCAUCUUCCUGAGCUAAUAAUAGCUGUUUCAGUUUCAGUUUCA